AUGAUUGCUCUCCAACCGAUCAUAAUCGCCAUAUUGGUGCCACUAGCCCUGGCCGCCCGGCCGGUGUGCCUUGAUUUCAGCCUCCCGGUCCAAGUCUCUACCGCUAUCACGAAGUUCACUGUUUCCCCUUUCCAUAAUAAUUCCGAGUCCACGUCUUUGCUCGUGAACUCCGUGGCCCGCACAGCAAAUGUGCAAAAUCUUGUAGCGGGAGAAGUGAACAUAACCCGAGCUUACGACAUAAAUUUCCGUUAUUGCGAGCCCAAUCAGGGCGUAUCGCGAAACGGCAUCGUGCAAAUUUUGACCCACGGUCUUGGGUUCGAUAAAUCCUACUGGGACUUUGAAGGAUACAGCUACAUUGCAUCUGCCACUGCGGCUGGGUACUCCACCUUGUCCUACGAUAGGCUGGGUGUCGGUCAAUCGGAGCUUGCAGACCCUUACCUUGACGUGCAAGCGGCAACCCAGGUCGCAAUUCUAGCAAAAGUCUCAGAACUCCUGCAAGAGGGGAGGCUCUAUUCAAAAAUACCGAUCCCCAAAAAACUCGUUCAUAUCGGCCACAGCUUUGGCUCAUUAAUCACGAAUAGCCUCGCAGCAACCUUCCCAAGUUUGUCAGAUGGUAUGAUUCUCACCGGGUUUGGUCACGACUUUUCCUGGGCGAGCUAUUUCCAAUUAUGUUAUGGGUUCGAAGUAGCACGGGUGAACAAACCCCUUCGCUUCCGCAAGUACGACUCUGGCUAUCUGACCUGGGGCAAUGAGUUUGAUAACCAAUGUGCCACUUUUAACUACCCUAAUUUUGAUUGGGAUGUUCUCCGCAAAGCCGAGCUCAAUAAAGCACCAUUUACGAUUGCCGAGUUGCUUUCAUUUGGUGUGACCCCCCUUGCGGCACCAGAGUAUGCUAGUCCUGUCCUGAUCAUAAAUGGCGCACAAGAUCUUUCAUUUUGCGGUGGCAAUUGUUAUGGUGUGCUCGACGCGGUGGACUCUCCUUCUACAGCUGUCUUCCCGAAGGCCAGGCCCCUUACUAGGUACAUCCACCCUAAUGCAGGGCACGCGUUGAAUCUUCAUCAUAAUUCAACUGCGGCGUACGAAGUUAUUCUUGGAUUCUUGAAAGACAGUGGAUUAUAG